CACACUAAUCACUCGUCUUGUCUCACUUUGCUCGAGCUCUUCCCUUCAGAAGCUCUGCUAGCGUUUAGAAGAGUUUAGAGACAGACAGAUCUGAGAGACAUGGCUCAGGGAAGGGGCAGUGCUGCUCGUGGCAGCGGCGCCGCCGUGGUGGCGCUGGUCCUCCUCUGCGUGCUCCUCCAAGGCGAGGUCGCCGAGUCGGCGGUGUACACCGUCGGCGACCGCGGCGGCUGGAGCUUCAACACCGCCAGCUGGCCCAGGGGCAAGCGCUUCCGCGCCGGCGACGUGCUCGUGUUCAAGUACAGCCCCAAGGCGCACAAUGUGGUGCCCGUGAGCGCGGCGGGGUACAGCUCGUGCGCUGCGCCGAGGGGCGCCAGGGCGCUCACCUCCGGCAACGACCGCGUCACGCUGAAGCGCGGCGCCAACUACUUCAUCUGCAGCUUCCCCGGUCACUGCCAGGCCGGCAUGAAGGUCGCCGUCACCGCCGCCUGAGGCCGGCCCCGGAUCGAUCGGCCGCCGACGGCGCCGCCUAUAGCUUAUUGAUUUCCUCUUCAGAAAAAAAAAGAAUAAAGCACUGUAACUAAUUAGGCGGUGCUCCUGCCGCUGUUCGGUCAUGGGUCAUACCGUGUCGCCGCGCACGUACAUCGUCAGUUCGUCACUACGUGCGUGUUACUGGUUGCUAGGCCGUGUCCAACGGCAAACGAUAUCGCUAGCUCGUGCUGAGAUGGCAGAGCGAGAAACAAUAAAAAUUACCGCACCGGCGACUGUUUGGUCGCUAACUUGUAGCAUACUGUUUAGAGCAGGAACAAUAGUUUAGCCCGCUGCCGACUUCAAGAGUUUGCUAUGUCAUCUAAAGUUAAUAUUGUAGUCAACAAAUAUAAUAGAUUGCCUAUUAUGUUGGCUAAAAGAGUGUUGCGUAAUUAAUAUUAGAUCCACUUGCAUACUCUCAUUCUCUCACCUCAGUCUGGGAAUUUAUGCUAUAGCCAGUUAUGAGCUGACUACUAUCCUAUAGCCAGCUCCUUCUCUCUUCUCUCUUCUCUCCUCCACCUCAACAUAAAUAUAAUAAAAUAACGCUUAUAGCCAGCUGACUAGGUAUUAUUGUACCUUUGUGAGAGCUGACGCAGGGAUCGAGGGGAAGGAAACUCGUUUUCUAUUCUUUUUUAUUGUUUAUCGGUUCCACGCCUGCGGCGAUAUCGUCACCGCCGUUGGGUUGGCAGGUUGGCACUGCAGGGAGGGACACAUCGAGCAAUGUACUAGCGUCUGUGCUGAUGUGAGGAGCAAUAAAAGAGUUUGUACGGC